GUCAAUUAGGGUUAGAAUUAAUUUUCUAUAGUUAUGUUUUUUUGUAAAUUAUGAUAAUGGAAAGGAAAAUAAAGUUAAGAGCACUAAACAGUCAUAUAACGUGUAAAAUAUGUAGAGGGUACUUAAUUGACGCCACCACGGUGACAGAAUGUCUGCACACUUUUUGCAAGAGUUGCUUAGUCAAACACCUAGAAGAAAACAAUACUUGCCCAACAUGCACAAUUGUCAUACAUCAGUCCCAUCCAUUACAAUACAUAAGUUUCGACAGGACUAUGCAAGAUAUAGUUUACAAAUUAGUUCCAGACCUACAGAGAAAUGAGAUAAACAGGGAGAGGGAUUUCUAUAGACAAAGGGGGCUACCUUGUCCAAAAGACAUACCCCCGAAUCCAGGAGAAAUCGAUGAUGAAAAACCAGCAGCUGAUGUUCACGCUGAGUCAGACUAUCAUAGGCAAGAUGAGCAAGUUAAUGUUUGUUUAGAAUGCAUAAGUUCAAACUUGAAAACCCUCAAAAGACGUUUUAUUCGGUGUUCAGCUCAGGCAACAAUUUUGCAUUUGAAAAAGUUUGUAGCCAAGAAGGUUCUCAAUGGCAUGGAGAAAUAUAGAGAUAUUGAUAUAUUAUGCAAUGACGAGUUAUUAGGGAAGGAUCAUACAUUGAAAUUUGUUUAUGUCACUAGAUGGCGAUUUCAGAAUCCGCCAUUAACUUUACAAUAUCGGCCCAGAAUCGAUAUAUAAUUGUUAUUUGUUUCAUUUUAUAAUUUCUUACAUAUCUUUCAUUGUUCUUGAAUUUGUUGAUUUAUUUUAUUAUUAUUUUAUAUUUAAAUUUUUU